GUGUCGCGAGCUCCACGUGGUUCUGGUCCAGGGUAAAAGCGGAGGAGAGAGCCCAGCAGAGGAGAGGCUUCCCGGAGCUGCAUCAUGUCUCUGUACCGCAACUCCGCCUGGUUCGUGAAGGGAGUGACCGAGUUCACCAGGAGCGCCUUCCUGUCGGCCUCCAAGAUGUUUGUGGAGAAGGACCUGGAGGCGUCCGUGGCUGGACGCGUCUUCAUGAUAACCGGAGCCAACAGUGGCAUCGGGAAAGCCACCGCCAUGGCCAUCGCUAAGAAAGGUGGAACGAUCCACAUGGUGUGCAGGAACAAGGACAAGGCCGAAGAGGCGAGGGCUGACAUCGUCAAGGAGACGGGGAAUAAAGAGGUGUUCGUCCACAUCCUGGACAUGUCUGAGACCAAGAAGGUCUGGGAGUUUGCUGAGGCCUUCAAGAGGAAGUACAAAGCCCUCAACGUGCUGAUCAACAACGCCGGCUCCAUCAUGAGCCAGAGGGACGUGAACGCCGAGGGGCUCGAAAAGAGCUUCGCCACCAACGUGCUUGGGGUUUACAUUCUCACCAAGAGCCUCGUUCCUCUGCUGGAGAAGAGCGCCGAUCCCAGAGUGAUCACCGUGUCUUCAGGAGGGAUGUUGGUGCAGAAGCUCCGGACGGGAAACCUGCAGUCUGAGAGGGGACGCUACGACGGCACCAUGGUCUACGCCCAGCACAAAAGGCAGCAGGUGGUGAUGACAGAGCAGCUGGCAAAGACUCACACGAACAUCCACUUCUCCGUCAUGCACCCUGGCUGGGUUGACACUCCAGCGGUGGCCAACGCCAUGCCAGACUUCCACCGCUCCAUGAAGGACAGCCUGCGGGCCCCGGAGCAGGGCGCCGACACCGUGGUGUGGCUGGCCAUCUCUGAGGCCGCCACCACCAACCCCAGCGGACACUUCUACCAGGACCGGAAGAUGGUGUCCACCCACCUGCCGCUGGCCUGGACCCGCAGCUCUCCCCUGGAGGAGCAGAAGUUAUCGUCUCUGCUGGAGGACUUGGCCAAGACGUUUCAGCCACACUGAGGCCGCAGAGCUGCACCGACACUAACAGCAAACAUCACACUGAAGAUGAUGAUCCAGUGUUAACACUACCUGCGGUUAAAAAGGGACAAAUGUGAAGAUAAACUGUGAACAUUAAACUCACCUAUAACGGAGGGAUGAGCGAGAUUUGUAACUUUUUAUAUGAUAACACAACUUCUUAUUUAACGAAUGUAACUGCAUACAAGAGGAUAUCUUCAUGGGGAGACACUGCAGGGGAAACAUGUUCACGCUCAUGUUAGAGGAGUUUGUUCUUCAGACGAGAGGAAGCAUGAGAACAUCAGAGUGUGUGUGUGUAACUGUGUGUGUAGAUUUAAACUCUCCACAGCUACAUUACAUAACGCCUCAUGUACAUAUUAAACACUUGUGAUAUAAACUGUGUUGAUGUGAGUCAUGAAGUGGGGAAGCUUCAUGAUAUCUGUUAGUUACAUGUUUGACCCUGUUCACCUGUAGUGUCUCCUCACACACACACACACACACACACACACACACCAGUCUGUUACUGUGACUUUAAGAAAGUUGUCAAUCAGAUGGGAAUCUGAUGUGACCCGAGUCACCCUCACACCCUGCGUUAUUAACUCCCCAGCUGUGUGCGAAGUAUUGAGUAUUUACAUCGUUGUAGUAACUUGUGUAUUUGCUUUGUUGUCGUGCAGCUUGUGUCCUGUGGAGCUCAGACUCAUGUUAACGCCACAGCCUCGCACGACAUGUGCAAUAAAACAGACGUAUUUAUGACUAAUAUCUGCACGCCACCUUUUAAACAAGACGUUUUACUGACAGACUCCAUCUUGUGAAUGUUCGGCUGAAUAAAGAAAAUGACGGAU